AUGAAUAUCGGUCGAAAAGACGGUGGUCCCGGUUACGUUGGUAUACAAUUUUGUCAAGAGUGCAACAACAUGCUUUACCCACGAGAAGAUAAAAACAAUAAAGUCCUUCAGUACGCUUGUCGAAAUUGCGAUUAUAAACAACUGGCUGACUCAAACUGUGUGUAUGUCAACAAAAUUAUGCACGAAGUUGACGAAUUAACACAUAUAAAUCCCGAUGUAGUUAGCGAUCCAACACUACCACGAACUAAAGAUCACGUCUGCCCGAAGUGUAAUCACAGGGAAGCUGUGUUCUUCCAAGGACAAACGAGACGUGCGGAAGAAGAAAUGAGGCUGUAUUAUGUGUGCACCAGUUGCAAACACAGGUGGACGGAGUGA